UCACAUUCCCAUUUAUUGAAUUCAUUUUUAUGUACCUAAAAUUGCAAAUGGCUUGUGAUAAAUUUAUAGACAGUUAACUCAGUGCUCUUUUUUUUCCCAUUUUCAGCUUCACAUUCAGUUAUCCUGCAAAUCUGAUAUCCUGCAAAUCAACAAGCUGAACACUGUUAAAGCCUACUCCAAAGAACAUCAGUCUAAUUUAAAUUAAAACCAAAUAAAUUUACAGUAGACCACAUGGCAAACGCCAUCACAGAAGAAUUGUCCAGUCUAGAUGUCGUUCAUCCAGAUAAGUUUAAGGGUAGAGUCUUUGAUCGGGAGAAAAUACAUCACAUUCAGGCCAACUUCUACAAGGGUGCCCCACCUCAGUGGCUGAACUUCUACUUAGCAGAGAAGAAUGGAAUGCCAUUUGUAAAAAGAGACGGUUAUGAAAAGAUUAAGAGUCUCAUCGAGACAUAUCAGACAAGAAGGACUGUCACUAUGGUUAACCUGCUGCAUCAGCCAGGAAGUGGAGGAUCUACAUUGGCAAUGCAGGUUCUAUGGGAUCUGCAGAAAGAUUUCUGGUGCACAAAACUAGCAACUAACGUAGUCCUUGAUCCAAACGUCAUCGCCAAAGAUGUUAUAAACCUGGUCACCAAGCAAAAUAAUACAAAAAACAGAAGAAAGCCUGCACUGCUGUUACUUGAUAAUGCAGACAUGCUGAAAGACAAUUUAUCAAAAACUCUAAAGAAGGCACUUUUUGAUGAGUUGAACGAAAUCGACAACAGCCUGCCCAUCAUCAUUUUGAACUGUGUCCGAAAAGCUGAAUUUACAGAACGUGAUCUGAACAAUACAGUGUUCUUGAAUGCAAAACUUAACAUGGAGAGAGAGAUGUGGGAAAAGGAGGAAUUUGAUCAACAUCACAGGAGUGUCAUGAAGCAAUAUGAAAAUGAACACGAGAAGUUCCAUGGUUUUAAUAUUAUCUAUGGCGAUAUCGACUCAGCAGAAUAUACAGCAAAUGUGUGCAAUGUCAUAGUGCCCCCUAAAAUAAAAAGAAGACCUCGCAAAGAUCAACUCUUUGCAAUCCUCGCCUUGGUCAAUAAGUAUGCACCUGGCUCUGACUUUCUUCUUGAUCAGUGCGAGAAGUUUCUACAAAAAAGUCCGAGCAUUCACAGGCAACCAUCAUUUGAAGAGCAGAUGGGUCAAUUCUCGGAUCUCUUAAUUGCAUACACAAAUUUUGAGACAAACACAGACUAUGUGUGUGUAGCUCAUCCAAUGAUCGCCAAUAAAUGUGUUCAGUUAUUUAGGGAUCAUGGACUAAGUAUGGGUGAGGUCACCUAUCUGUUUCUGCAGAAUUUUUGUGCAAAGAUAGCAUCACCAAGUCUGAUGCAGACAACAAAGACAAUGCUCACCAUGCGAGAAGACAGAAAUGGGGAUAAAGACCAAUUUUCAACACUGAUUCAGCACAUCAGUAAAGGAGAGGGGAAGAUAAUGUGCACAAGACUGAUGAAGGAGGCUUCUACGAUCUUUGGAGACCGGCCAACCUUUCCACAAGCUCUCGCACGUUUCUACUACCUCAUGGUCGAUAAAAGUUUGCCGAUAAUUGAGAAAGAUUACAUCAAUGCUGAGAUUUGGGCAAGAGAGGCAAUCAGAAGACACCCCAAUAAUUCUUUCAUUAUGGAUACCCUAGCACAAGUUCACAAACAUCAUUUGCUUCACUACAUGAGAAGAAAAUAUUGCCCAUCUAAGGCAUUGAGAUUAGCAUUUUUGGCUAUCAAGGCUUUUCAGGAGGAAGAAAUGGCUGCUGAGAAAGAGGAAGGUAAUGAAGAGGUGAAGGAUGGUACAGUGAACAUUUCUCCGACUUUUAACUUUCUAGGAAAGUUGGGAUAUCUACAGGUUGCUCUGCAAGGUUUUGUGAGUGAUCAAAAUGUCAACAAUGAUUGGUGUGAUGUCUCGACUCACAAAAAUAUUCAUGAAGGUUUGGGCUUUCAACUGUCACGCAAAAUCCGAAAAAUCAUGAGGAACUUUGAGGCAGAGGUCAAUACGAGGUUUGAGUUUUUUGAAAAAUAUCUCACCUACACCAAACCUGAUCUCAAGAGGGAUGACCCAACUUUUAUUAGAGAAUAUGCUGACAAAUGUUGUGAGAAAUAUGUGGGGACACCACCUAGAGUUUUGAAGAUGAAGUUUGAGGACAAAGAGAUAGAGAUGCUGGAGACGGACGUUACAACUCUGACUGAUUUACAAGGUUUUUUGUUGAGACAGAAGACCGACCACAGUCCAGAGUUGUACCAUCUUCACUUGCUCCAGGCAAAUAAGGGCCAGGACCUCAGCAAUGUGGUCAUGAAGAUGAGACAGGCAUACAACACCAUGUAUGAGAAAUUCUUCCGCUCUCGCUAUCUGGUGCCCCUCUACAUGAAGUCUACAAAAGGUUGGCAAACACUGAGUGAACUACUACUUCAGCCUUCGAAGUUAGAGAAAGGAGCAUGCAAUGAUCCAAACGAAACAGAAGGGAGAACAGGUCCUGAUCACAGGGACAUAGAGGAAUGUCUGAUGCGAAUCCAAGGCCGAAUUGAGAGACCUAUAGUUUUGGCUUUUCUUGAAGAUACAGUGAUUGAGGUAGAGCCUCACAACAAGGAGCAGGUCCUGAGAAAUGGUGCCAUAUCCUUCUACUUAGGAUUUAACAUUAAAGGUCCUGUGGCCUUUAACAUCAAAUAUGAACAUUCAGGGUGAUGACCGAUUAAAAUUACUUUUACAUUGAGAAACAUUUUAUAUAUACGAUUUACAGGCCACAGUGUACCCUAAGUUGAAUGAAGAACUAGAUUUCAGACCUUUCUUGUGAUCAUUUUCUGUUGUUUGGGCUUAACUUGCAAUAUAGCCACCUAGUGGACUCUCUCUGUAUGUGGAUAUUCACGAUGUAUCCACCUAGUGGACUGUUUUUUUUUUGG